UCCCCUCUUUCCUCUCCGAAUCCACCCUGUCCGUUGUGAAACGCGUUUAGAGCACUAUAUAUAAAGCCCCCUCCCAAUUCCUCCAGCAGCAGGUGCAGGAAAAUAAACCCACUUUCAUUUUCUCUGCAUCUGUAUUGUAUUGUAGGACAAAAUGCCCUCCUUAGAAGACGAGCUUUUCCCUUCAACCCCAGGUAAGUUCAAGAUCAACAACACCAUGAACCGCCAACUCUACCGCUGCUUCGCCUCCACCAGCACCAUGUUCCUCUGGGCCCUCUUCCUCAUCGCCCUCACCGCCUCCUACCUCAGCUUCCAGGGCUUCGUCGACUCGGGCACCAAGUACCUCUCCGCCUCCUGGGGCGGCAUCCAGUGGGAGAAGCAGGUCCGCACCUCCGCCCAGAUCCACCGCCAGGGAGGCAUGUCCGUCCUCGUCACCGGCGCAGCAGGCUUCGUCGGCUCCCACGUCUCCCUCGCCUUGAAACGCCGCGGGGACGGCGUCGUCGGACUCGACAACUUCAACGACUACUACGACCCCUCCCUCAAAAAGGCCCGCAAAUCGCUCCUCUCCACCCACGACAUCUUCAUCGUGGAGGCCGACCUCAACGACGCCAAGCUUCUCGCCAAGCUCUUCGACGUCGUCGCCUUCACGCACGUCAUGCACCUGGCGGCACAGGCCGGGGUCCGUUACGCCAUGGAGAAUCCCCACUCCUACGUCCACAGCAACAUCGCCGGCCUCGUCACUCUCCUCGAGGCCUGCAAAUCCGCCAACCCCCAGCCCGCUAUCGUUUGGGCCUCCUCCAGCUCCGUCUAUGGGCUAAACGAAAAAGUCCCCUUUUCCGAGUCCGACCGCACCGACCGCCCCGCUAGCCUCUACGCCGCAACCAAAAAGGCCGGCGAGGAAAUCACCCACACCUACAACCACAUCUAUGGCCUAUCCAUUACCGGUUUGAGAUUCUUCACUGUUUACGGCCCCUGGGGGAGACCCGACAUGGCUUAUUUCUCAUUCACCCGAAAUAUUCUCCAAGGGAAACCUAUUACCGUUUACCGCGGUAAAAACCGGGUGGACCUCGCCCGUGACUUUACCUAUAUUGAUGACAUUGUGAAGGGCUGCGUGGGUUCCCUGGAUACCGCGGGCAAGAGUACCGGGUCGGGUGGGAAAAAACGCGGACCCGCUCCCUACAGGAUAUUUAACCUGGGGAACACUUCUCCGGUUACUGUUCCUACUCUGGUGAGUAUAUUGGAGCGGCAUUUGAAGGUGAAGGCCAAGAGGAAUAUUGUGGACAUGCCUGGAAACGGCGACGUUCCGUUUACGCAUGCCAAUAUUAGUUCGGCGCGGAGGGAGCUUGGGUACAAGCCCACCACGGACUUGCAAACCGGGUUGAAGAAGUUCGUGAAGUGGUACCUUUCCUACUACGGCUACAAUCACGGCAAGGCUGUAAAUGUAAAUUAAUUAUUUUGUUUCCCUUUGGUUUUUUUGGGGAGGGUUUUUCUUUUUUUAGUAUGGUAGGUUUUUAAGUCACAGAUAAAAACAGACAGGAAGGGAAAAAAGAAAUUAAGAACCUGGUCUAGUGCUCUAGAAGAAGGGAAGCGGGAACCCAAAAGAAGAAGAUCAUCAAGAAUAAUACAUUCUUUACUUGGGAGGCCAGCUAAAACAGCUGUUGUUCCUCGGUUCAUUUUUCUUUUUGGUUUUCAUUGCUGCUUUUUUUUUUUUUUUUUUUUUGUAAAGAAAGAAAGUUCCAACUUCAGCUUGGAUUUGUCUCUUUUUAUUGUCUAUAUAUUUAAUCUAUUUAUAUUUUA